AGAUCACAGGUGUCCCACGCACAAGAAAAAUGAAAUUAUAUGUAUAAUAUCUAUAAUAAUACAAGUUUUAUUAUUUUUUGUUAUUUUAUUAUUAAUAAUACUGUAUAAAAUAAUAUGUACUCUUAUUUUUGAUCAAUUUUUUUUAUACCAAAAAUCGUGAUGGAGUUGUCAAAACGUAUGUAAAUAAAGGAUUAGUAGAGGGGAUUUGACGUUAUUUCAAAAGUCGAAUUAAUAUAAAGAAAUAAACCUCGUUCCUAAAAUAUGUACAAAUACCUUUCAUAUCCCUUGCAACAACUAUACUAACCUAAAAUAAUAUGAUCUUCGUUGUAUUCUAAUGAUUUCUGUUACAAGUCAAUAAAUUUUAUUAUACAAUGGAUAACAUAUUUGGGAAAGAGGACUCUGGAAAUGAAAGUGAGCACAUAGAUGUGGAGGAAAAAGAAGAGAAGGGUAGUCCUUCUCCACAUUCUGGAACUAAGGAUGCGGAGUCAAUGGAUAUUGAUAAUAUGCAGGUCAAGAUAGAAUCAGAUGCAAUGAGCUCUCAAUCUCAAUCCGAUGUUGAAGAAGUAGGAUCCAAUUCAUUGUGCACAGCAGUGGAAGAUCAGUUGGAAAUUGUUAAACAUGAAAUUGAGAUGAGAGAAGAAGAGCAAGCUACAGAGGACAUGUUUGAAAAUGAUAUAGUUCUACCUCAUGCAAAUCCAACAAGUAUUAAAGAAAGAAGAGAAAGCAAAGAAAAAAGCAAGAAAGAAUUGGAAGAAGAAGAGAGAGAAAAGAUGCAAGUAUUAGUUUCAAAUUUUACCGAAGAUCAAUUGGACAGAUAUGAAAUGUAUAGAAGAGCUGCUUUUCCAAAAGCAGCAAUAAAAAGGAUUAUGCAAACUAUAACAGGUUGCUCUGUAUCACAGAAUGUAGUUAUUGCUAUGUCUGGUAUCGCAAAGGUGUUUGUUGGAGAAAUUGUAGAAGAAGCUCUUGAUGUUAUGGAAACGCAUCAAGAAACAGGGCCAUUACAACCGAAACACCUGAGGGAAGCCGUUCGAAGAUUAAGACUUCAAGGUCAGAUUCCGAAUGGUCGUGCUCAUAAGGCGUUUUUCAGGCUAUGAAUACUUCGUGGCUAAUGUUAAAUAUACGUUAAUAUAGAAGAUUGUUAUUUUUCUACAAAAGAGAAAUUUGAUAAAUGCAUGAUACAGAAGCGAGCUAGUUUAGAAGCAAGUACAAACGAGUUUCAAUUAGAGGUGUAACAAAUAUUUACUGUAAAUGUUUUGUGUACACUGAAAUACUUAUAUUAUUUGUAUUCGCAUAAAUAAUAACUUCCAUUAUAUAGCUAUUAUAUUUAUACAUACGAAAUAAGACGAAUAUCAAAAAUAUCGUUAUCUCGAUUUUAUUGGGUAUUAAAUAACCUGAACAUAUUUAAUGAAAAUUAUUUUCCUCACUAUUUUUAAUCGAAUUAACAGAAUAUUGGCCAGGAUUAGUAUGAUAUGCAAUUAUUAUCUACUCUAAUACUAACACAUUGUUUCAGUUACGUUUUCUCAGAAGAUUCCAACGAUGUAAUGAAAUUUGAAAACUUUUACGUCUCUAGAUCGACGGACAAUGUCUUAAAACUUACUUCAAAUAUUUUGGCAAUUAUUUUAAUACACGAAUG